GAAGACGAUCAGCUGUUUUUCGCACUUGCUGGUUGCGAGGAAUUGCCCUGAACGCUCGGUUUUGUUCACAGCCAUGGCAACGGCCCAGACGGUGUUCACACUUGCGGUGUGCAUCUUGAUGAUCACAGAGUUGAUCCUUGCUGAAGAGGACUACUAUGACAUUCUGGGUGUGCCAAAGGACGCUACUGAGCGGCAGAUAAAAAAGGCAUUCCACAAGCUCGCCAUGAAGUUCCACCCAGACAGGAACAAGAGUCCCAACGCCGAAGCAAAGUUCAGAGAAAUAGCAGAAGCAUAUGAAACGCUAUCUGAUGAGCAGCGGAGGCAGGAGUACAAUCUGAUGGGGCGGCAAGCGACGUUUGAGGGCACGAGGGGCAGAGGAGGACGCGGCCAGCACGCCCACCAGCCGUUCGACUUCGACGACUUGUUCAGAGACUUUGACGUGUUCGGCCAGCACCAGCACUUUCAUCAACAUCAGCACUCCCACCAGAAGAGGAACCACUUCGAGAACCAUUUCGAGAAGCACUUCCAGAGCCAGCAGAGGGAGGCCCAGCAGAACCGGCACAGGCGUCACUUCCAGAACUCCUUCGGAGGUGCUGGAGGAGGAGAUGGAGGAGGACUCUUUGACGAUGUCUUUGAGAACAUGGAGAGGAUGUUCUCGUUCGACAUGCCCAGGGCUGAUGGCGGGUUCCACCGGUCCACAAAGCAGCACUGCAGAACUGUAACUCAGAGGAGAGGUAACAUGGUGACCACCUACACAGACUGCUCCUAAGGCCUCUUGUGACUGUUAAAGGUUCCGGUUCUAGUUCUGAAGGUUCUGACCCUGUCAGGUCUGGUCUGGGAUCUUUUGCCAUCUUGUACCUUAUGUAAUGGCACACGAGUGUGUGUGAGUGUGUGUGAGUGUGUGUGUGUGUGUGUGUGUGUGUGUGUGUGAGUGUGUGUGUGAGUGUGUGAGUGUGUGAGAGUGAGUGUGAGAGUGUGUGCCAGCUCUAAGCCUUCAUAAAGCUAUCUCUGUUUGUAUCGUAAUUUAAUUAUUCAGUUUUCAGAUUAAAAUAUUACUGUUCGUUGAGGACAAAUGUAUGUCGAGCCAAUGUUGGAUGUCACCACAUGAGAGAAUUGCAUUGUCUUCUGUACGCCAGAACUUUGCAUUCAGGUAAUUUGCUUUAGAACCAAACAGCAAUUGGAAAUGGACUGUAACAGCAACUUUGUGCUAUUCACAGAAUAAUUGCAUCCAGUUCAGCACCAUAUUAGAGUUUGAUUGAUGUGUUCUUGGCUUUUUUU